CAAGUACCUAACAAUUAAUAUCCAUAGGUAUUGUUGAGUGAAAGAAUGCUUACAGACCAUGUCUCGUUUCAGUUGCAACAGUUUAACUCGAAUUACCGUUUUCUUGUGCUUCUUGGGAAUUGUUAUUCAGGUUUCAAGAGCGACAACUGAUUUGGAUGAUGAGGAUGACAAAAUAUUUCUCAACCAGAAUAAACCAUUCAGAAGAAAAUCAGCCAGGAUGGCUUUCCUUGAAGAGAGUGACGAUCCUAUGUUCAAAUUCCUCACCAAAAUCCUCAAUACGGCUCAAUUGAGAACCAAAAAUAGAAUGGCGAGAGCUCAAAAUGGAAUAAAACAAACUCAAGACCUCAAGACUACAAUUACGAAUGAGCUAAUGAAGAACCAAUAUUUCCAAUAGAAGAUUACCUAUAUAUGAAUAACAGACUGAAAUUCCCUAUCAAAUACUUAGGGUUUAAUUUUUUUUUUUUUUUGUUAAU